AAGUUUCAGCUUUACGAUGGAUAUGAGCGAAGUAAUACGAACGAUGGAUGUCGAAACGGAUGUGCCUGACUUCAGUUCGCUAAUGCUUAAUCGAACUUCGUUGAACGCAUUAGCUAAAGCUGGUUUCACCAAGCCAUCUCCUGUACAAGCUCGAGCAAUCCCAUCUGGCAUGCUUGGACUUGAUUUGCUGGUGCAAGCAAAAUCCGGGACUGGAAAAACGAUGGUCUUUUCCUUGUUGGCCGUAGAAAACUUGAAUGCACAGUUUGGACGUCCGCAGGUGUUAAUCGUAGCUCCAACUCGUGAAAUUGCUUCUCAAAUUGUAUCUUAUAUCAGAAUGCUUGCUCCUGUUGUUGUUAUCAGGAUGUUUGUUGGUGGAAAUGAGAAAGGCGUUGCGGAAGAUAUCCAAAAACUCAAGAAAAGUAUUCACAUUGUUGUUGGAACAACAGGCCGCCUCUGUCAUCUUGUUCGAAUCAACGCAUUGCGGCUAUCCCAUGUACGGUUAUUUGUUCUGGACGAAGCGGAUAAGCUUAUGGAAGACAAUUUUCAGAAAGAAAUCAAUUACCUGUUCUCUGCAUUGCCACCUGAAAAACAAGUAGCUGUGUUCUCGGCUACUUAUCCAUAUCGACUGGAUACAACUCUUACGCGCUACAUGAGAGAUGUACAUUUGGUGCGUGUAGACAGAGAUGCACAGUUACUGGGUGUCAAACAGUAUGUGAUUGUUGCCCGCGAUGGAACCAGAAAAAUGAAUAUUUUGCUACGCUUACUACUUCGCCUUCGUUAUGGCCAAUGUAACGAACUUUGUGCGGACUUACAUCGGUCAAGAUUUGAUGCGGUUAGCAUUUCUGGCAACAUGCCACAGAUCGACCGCACAAAAGCGAUACGACGACUCAAAAACUGCAUGGUUAAAUUACUCGUCUCGACGGAUCUUACAGCACGAGGAAUUGAUGCUCCAGGUGUCAAUAUUGUGAUCAACUAUGGGAGUCCACUUGUGUUAGCCACCUAUUUGCAUCGAAUUGGGCGUGCUGGGCGUUUCGGUACACAAGGUGCUGCAUUUACAAUUAUCAGUAGUGAUCAAGAGUUGAAAUUGUUCAGUGAUUUUGUUGUCGAAGGAAAACUGCGAACCAAAUUGUUACGAGCAAGAGAGAAUUGGCCUAGCAAUCUUAUCUAUGAUGAUUUAUUCUUCAGCAGAUCUGAAGACUUUCGUCCUUACAAAACAAGGAAUUGGGAAAAUCAGCAAGGUCACAAUGAUGAGAAAGGUGAGGAAAACGCAUACGAGUUCAUGGGGACUGGUUCAGAUUUGUUGGAAUGUGAAGAAGAAGCAUCUAAAUUCUAUGAAGACAAAAUUGCGUUACAUCAGAAAUCAGAAAAACGUAUCUAUUCGAGCCAAGAUUUUUACAAUAUAUGUAGGAAUAUGAAGAACAGUGAAAUCCCUGAUACACUUUUGAAGAAGUUGGUUGCGUUGAAGAUACAGUCACCGUAUAACUUGGACUUAACGCGAAAAAAUACUCUGAUGACAUUGCGCGUGGGCACUAUAAAUAAAAGCAAACAGGACACGAAUGGUUUUAAAAGAUCUGGUAACGAAAAACCUCUUUGCUUGUUGAACAUCGAAGCAGGUUUCAUUGUGGAUAUGGAUACUAGCAUACCAAAAUGUUAUGCGAAUUGUAAGAAGAGAAGGUAUUUGAGGAAUCAAAUUCUUGCUAUUCGAAAUACGUUAUCUGAUGAGGAUUGGUUGCGAUAUGCUGGACUUCGUUACGGUCCAGCUGUGCGAUAUGAACCAUUUUUGAUUUGUGGAUUUGAUGAAGAAGGAAAUAAAGAAAACAUACAUGAAGUAAAAUCGAGCAAUUCGACGACGGAUUGUGCUGGUAUUUCUGAUUUCAAGGAACUUGAAUUUGCGAAUUUCGACCAAUUACUUUUGGAAAAUCUCCCGAAGUAUGAGUUCGAUUCAGGAUUUCCAGUCGGUCGAUCAGACGAAAAAUAUGUGAGGAAAUCCAGAUUAGCAGGAAGUUCUGAUUUGCAGGAACUGAAUCCGGAGCGAGACGAAGUACCUGAGUGGAAAAAGAAUGGUGCAAAAUACGAAACUUCUGAAGAUUUGAGAGCGAAACUCGCUAAGGUCAAAUCAAGGUUCAAUUACGAAUUGAUUUUGGGAUUGGGUAAAAUAAAAGAAUGUAUGACAACAACGGAAGUACCAGAGAUAUGUUCCAUGGCAACCCAGACUGAGAAUGAAGGGAAACUGACUGAGACGAGUAGUACUCAAACGAAUGAGCUGUUAUUUAAUAGAGAUAGCACCGCUAAUCAUUUGGAUGAUUAUUGUUCUCGGCGAUAUAUGUGGAGAGAAAUGGACCAUUUCGCACGAUAUAUAAAACACCUGCGUGGAUUCAAAUUUUAA